AUGGCACCCAAAAUCUCAUCAACACCAGACUCCAACGAAACAAACCCACCAUCCCCAGCACCAACCGAAUACUACACACCCUCAUCAACAUUCAACGAUCCACCCUCCCCAACACCAUCCGAACAACUCCAAGAUGAAUUUACCAUAUCCACCCUUUUCCCAACAGGCUCAACUACACCUACAUCUAGUCCGAGCCCGACAUUUUCGGAGAUGUCGGCUGUCUUAGAUGAAUCUAGUACGCCAGCAACAGAAUCAACGUGGGAUGACGGAACUAGUCAUACAACUUCGAAUGCACUUGCAGAUCAAGUCAGCAUGGAGGAUUUUCCGACGCCGAUGUCAGAGUUUCUUGGGGGGUUGUCGUCUGGGUCGGAGACUGUGACGGAUGUGGAGUUUGCUGGGGUUGAAUAUGAAGGUACAUUGAUGGCUAUUUCGAAGACUGAGGGUGGAGGAUCGAUCGAUUCAGAUAGAUCAUCCAGAACUAUAUUGAGUACGGAAACGGCCGUAAAAUCAGAAACAUUUGAACACGAAAUGAACCUCGAAGAAGAAAUCAACAAUCUCGAGGCAUCAGAGAUCACGCAAUUCCUACCGCUUUUGGAACAAUCUAAUCAUUACACCAACCCCUCUCUCACACCAAAUACAGAAAUGGAGCUCGAUUCAUCCGCCUCGCUCAACAACGUGUACCCAAUACCCUGGCCCUGGGAUCCAGCAGCUCCUCCAAACUUCGAGUUCGACGUACCUCAAGAUCGGAAUUUCACAAUUCAAAAUGACCUUCAAGAUCUUAAUGUAGCACGCGUGCAUAUCCAGAACGUCAUCUCAUCGUUCGAUAUGCCGCCGUUUAAUAGUUCAAAUGCGGCAGAAAUGGUGGUUAGAGCGAAGAUCGCUAGGAUUUUGAGGGUGCUGGAGGUUGGGAUGCAGGGGUUGAUUGAGGUUUGUAAUAUGGGGGAGAGCGAUGUUGGACGGUCUUUGGAAAGUGCAAUUGGGGAGAGGUGUGACGAAGUUCGAGAAGCGAUUGAAAGGGUGGAGAGGAGCAUAGUGAGGGUGUUGGGGGGUGAGGACGAUGUUGACGGAUGA